AUGUCGCUAUACCGCAGCUCGGCGGCUGCGCUCGCGGCGCUGCUCGCGAUCUCGGUGCUGCUGUGCUCGCCCCCGUGCGCGACAGCCACCGAUGAUCACAAGCCCAUCGUGGCGCGCGUCAGAAAGGACGCCACCACCUCCCUCUACACCAUCGUCAUCAAGGUCGGCGGGGUGCCGCUGCUCCUCGAUCUCGCUGGCCCACUACUCUGGCUAGCCAGCUGCCCCACCCCGCACCGCACCAUCCCGUGCGGCACCGACGUCUGCGAGGGCGUCAAUUACAUGAACCACCCGACCAAAGGGAAUUGUUGGAAUCAACGUAUGUUGAGAGAUGGCGGGGUCUGCACCACCUACCCGUACAACCCGGUCAACGGGCGGUGCACCCAGGAUGACGCCACCACGAUCACGCUCGCUGCCAACACCACGGACGGCGAGAACCCUCUGUCGGAGGUCUCCUUCCGCGCGGUAGGCUCCUGCGCACCGGGGGAUCUCUUGGCGUCGCUCCCGGCCGGCGCGGCAGGCGUCGCGGGGCUCUCCAGGCUGCCGUUGUCGCUGCCGACCCAGUUCGGCACCAUUCUGAAGGUGGCCAAGCAGGUCGCACUCUGCCUCCCCGGUGGCGGAAGCGACGGCGUGGCCGUCUUCGGCGGCGGCCCGUUCCAGCUCCUGGCCGCGCCACCCGUGGAGCUCGCCGACGGCCUGCGCCAGAACCAGCUCCCGCUCCUCAAGAACCCCAGGUCGGACACUGGCGCGUACUACUUCCGCAUCACCGGCAUCGCCGUGAACCAACAGCAGGUGCCCACACCGCCCGGCGCCUUCAAACUCGACGGUGGGAGCGGCACGGGCGGCGCCAUCUUCAGCACCGUCACGCCCUACACCGCGCUGCGCCCGGACAUCUACCGCCCGCUCCACGACGCGUUCGACGCGCCCACCAGCGGCAUCGCGCGCGCCGCGCCGGUGGCGCCCUUCGACAUGUGCUACCAGGCCUCCGCCCUCACCAUGACCAGGCUGGGCUACGGCGUGGCAAACAUCGAUCUGAUGCUUGACGGCGGCCAGACCUGGACGCUGCCCGGUGGCAGCUCGCUGGUGCAGGUCAACGACCAGACGGUGUGCUUCGCGUUCGUCCAGAUAGCGCCGUCGAUGCCGGCGGCGGCCGACUCACCGGCGGUCAUCCUCGGCGGGUUCCAGAUGGAGAACCACCUGCUCAUCUUCGAUCUGGAGAAGGAGACUUUCGCGUUCAGUGGGCUCCUCUUCGGAAUCCGCACUACAUGCAGCAACUUCAACUUCACCAUGGGGAGUUCUUAG